UUUAACAGAACUUUGGUAUUUGAAAAAUAUGCUAAAAACAUUACAUCAGAUAUUAAUUUAAAAUUAUCCUUUAAAUUACAGCUACCUAAACUCUUUACUGAAGUUAUGGAUUACAGUAUUUAUAAUCAAAAUAUAAUAUUCGAAAAUAACAUUAGAGGGGUAACUACGCAUGGUAUCGCUGGAUAUGUACAGCAGAUGGCAUUAGUCAGGAUUUUGGGCCAUCUACGCUACUCCCAUGUAAAAUUAGAAAUACUAAAAAUAACUCAACAUCCCGAAGAUGGAACUGUGAGAGUUCGAUGGAGAAUCACGGGUGUCUCUGGCUUAAGAGUAUUGUUUAUGUUCUGGAAAUUUGUAUUAUGGGAAUGGAAGAAAAUGAUGGAAAAAGAAACGGAGUGGGUUGAUGGCUUUUCAGUUUUCUUUAUUGGUCCAGAUGGCUUAGUUUAUAAACACGUCUGCGAUAAGAUGAUGCCAGAUGAAGAAAAAGUUAGUUCCAAAUCAGGGAAUGUAGCCAUGAAACUAGCACUUUUAUUAGGAUUGGUGCCGAAGCCAAUAGAUUUUGGAUUAGAAACGUUUAUUAAUAAUUUUUUUAAAAAAGAAUUAUUUUAUGAAUAAUAAUAAUUAAUAGACAAUAAAAUAUAUAGAGCUUGUAACUUUAUAAAGAGCAAAAGUUCUGGAGCAGUAAAAACUUUUUCAGAAGCUUUGGUAUUUUUACGAAUUUGAAAAGCAAAUGGAGUUUAUACUAGAACAGUGUAUACAUUAUAUAUAUAUAGAUGUUGAGCUAAUUCUACUGGAAUUUGUUGUGUGUUCAUAAAAAACAUAGUGAACUGCACAUUGUACUGUACAUUCAUUUAACAUUCAGAUUCAGUUUUUUUUUUCUUUUUUGUUCAAUGUGAAUUGCUUUUGUCAAUAUUCUGAUUUUGUCAAUUUGCUUUAUAAAUCAAAUAGCAUUCCAUAGAUCAUCAAGUGUAAUAUAGUUUAAUAAAAGGUUGUUCUGUUGAAGUUAUUUUUGUGUGUGUUUAACAGAUUUGGAGUUGUAGCAUAUUUUAAUUGAUAUUUCAAUUAGUAAUCGAUAAAUGGCACUAUAAAAAUUCUCCGGUGUUUAUUGGAUAAAUUUGAAUUAAUAAUAAUAAUGUUUAAAAUGUUUUGAAUAAUUAUAAAUUGUUAAAUUUUCAAAUUCGUUUCUGAAUAGUUGUUACGAUAUACAGUAAAAUCUAUAAAAUGUGUGUACUAGGUAAUUCGCGAUUUUAUCAUUAAUACAUUAAAAAAAAGUGAAACAGCAAUAAAUAAAAUCGAUUACCCGAAAGAUCAACGAACUUCUAAGAAUAUAGAUGCUAUUCCAGAUAAAAA